AUGUCUCGGGCUGUUCAUCUUCCAGUCCCAUGUCCGGUUCAGCUUGGUUCGUUAAGAAAUGACUCGUUGGAAGCACAGCUUCAUGAGUAUGUCAAACAAGGGAACUACGUGAAAGUGAAGAAGAUCCUUAAGAAAGGAAUUUAUGUUGAUGCAGUUAAUUCCCUGGGCCAGACAGCACUUUUCACUGCAGCAUUAUUAGGCCUUCCAAAAUUAGUUGAUGUCCUGGUGGAUUAUGGAUCAGAUCCAAAUCACCGGUGCUUUGAUGGGAGCACCCCUGUCCAUGCCGCGGCCUUUUCAGGCAAUCAGUGGAUCCUCAGCAAACUGCUGGAUGCAGGGGGCGAUCUUCGACUCCACGAUGAGAAGGGACGAAACCCCCAGACCUGGGCUCUGGCAGCAGGGAAGGAGCACAGCACUGCGGUGGUGGAGUUCAUGCAGCGCUGUGCCGGGCACAUGCAGGCCCUCAUCCAGGGCUUCUCCCACGACCUCCUGAAGAAGGUUGACUCCCCUCAGCGGCUCAUCUGCGGCCUGCCCCGGUUCGGGGGCCUUAUGCAGGGAAACCCUAAUGGCUCUCCUAACCGAAUGAUUAAAGCUGGAGUCGUUUCUGCCCAAAACAUCUACAGCUUUGGCUUUGGAAAGUUUUAUCUCACAGGGGGCACACAGCUGGCCUACCUAGGAUCUCUUCCAGUAAUUGGAGAAAAGGAAGUGAUCCAAGCUGAUGAUGAGCCCACUUUCUCUUUCUUCAGUGGCCCCUACAUGGUCAUGACCAACCUGGUGUGGAACGGGAGCCGGGUCACCGUGAAGGAGUUGCAGCUCCCCGCCCGCCUGCCCUGCAGCAGGCUGCGGCUGGCCGACUUGGUGAUUGCGGAGCAAGAGCACAGCAGCAAGUUGCGGCAUCCACAUCUGCUGCAGCUGAUGGCCGUGUGCCUUUCCCCGGACCUAGAGAAGACCCGCCUCGUGUACGAGCGCAUCACCAUCGGCACGCUGUUCGGGGUCCUCCAUGAGCGGCGAUCCCAGUUCCCUGUGCUGCACAUGGAGGUGAUCGUGCACCUGCUGCUCCAGGUCUCAGACGCCCUGAGAUACCUGCAUUCUCGGGGCUUUAUCCACCGUUCCCUCAGCUCCUACGCCAUCCACAUCGUCUCCACAGGGGAAGUGAGGCUGACCAACCUGGAGUACAUGGUGGAAAGCCAGGACAGAGGGGUACACAGGGACCUGACUCGAAUACCCCUCCCCACCCAGCUGUACAACUGGGCUGCCCCGGAGGUGAUCUUACAGAAGGCAGCUACAGUGAAGUCGGACAUCUACAGCUUUUCUGUGAUCAUACAGGAGGUUUUAACAGACAGCAUACCCUGGGAUGGCUUAGAUGGCUCAGUUAUUAAAGAAACCAUUGUCUUGGGAAGUUGUUUAGAAGCAGAUGUCAGGCUUCCGAAACCUUACUACGAUAUUGUUAAGUCAGGCAUCCAGGUCAAGCAGAAAGACCGAACCAUGAACCUUCAAGAUAUCCAGUAUAUUCUGAAGAAUGACCUAAAGGAUAUCAUUGGCGGCCAGAGAGCUCAGCCAGCCGAGAGCCCCAGGGCACAGAGAUAUGAACUCCAUCCUGACGUCAGUGUCUAUCUAGGACUGACUGCAGAACAUCCAAAAGAGACCCCCAACUUGGAAAUAAAAGAGCUGAAGGAAACAGGUAAUCAGCUUCAUUCACCAAGGAGUCACUCUUCUCCCACCAAGAAAGCAACACCAGAACCUCAGGUCCCAGAUCCAGGUCCGGUGGCCCUGGGGACCCAGAACCAAGACGCUGCCUCUCCUGCUUGCCCUGCGAUGGAAGAGUCCAGGAGUCCCAGCCCAGAUCAGAUGAGCCUCUGUAGCUUUGAAAUCAACGAAAUCUACUCGGGCUGCCUGGACACGGAUGAGGACAAAGAGGAAGAGCCCCCAGGAGCCAGCUCCUCUCCCGAGGGGUCCAGACCAAAGCAGAUAGAUGAACUGAAGUCCCUGGAGGAAGAGCUGGAAAAGAUGGAGAGCGAGGCAUGCUGUUUUUGUGACGAGGACGAAAACUCUUCAGAAGCGGACGCCGAGCUCUGCUUUGAGGACUGGGACGGCCAGAAGGGUUCGCUUUAUUCACCCUCCCUGCCGGAGCCAGCCAGAGGCACCAAGGGCAACGCGAGCAGCAGGUCCAUGACUGAGGAGCACAUCAGUAAGUGUGUGCUGAAUCUAAAGAUUUCACAGACCCUGAUGCACCAGAAUACCGACCUGUUGGGGAAGAUCCAACAGAAACUGGGUAAGAUUGAGGUGAUACAGAAGGAGCAGGAGGAGCGCUGGUCUUUGUGGGCUUCAAGAGAGUUUGUAAAUGUCCAUGACUUACCUUUAGCGGUGGGCCCCCCAGCUUCAAGCUAUGUUCCCCCCCUUGUGCAGCUGCCAGGGGGCCAGCAGCCGGACACUGGGGGCAGCUGCCCGACCCGGGCAAGGUCUCCAAGAACAGCGAGAGACUUUCGAGGAGGACAUUUUGGCAAGAGGUCCAAGAAAAGAAGCAGCUGUGGCUGGACCCCUUUCACCCCUUCCCCCCUCGUCACUGAAAAAGGCACUUGGGAUCGGUCAGACAAGGGCCAUCAGCUGCUGACUCUUUGUGGCCCUGGAACGCAGAGCACGGGUGAACAGUUUCAGCCCACUCACGGAGCCAAGGAUGGUUUGGAAAGAAAUGGGAGCCAAAAUACCAGCAGGCCUAGAGAGUCCAGUGCCCAGACCAAACUGACAGGGCCCGGAAGGGUACUCCUUACCCUGCCAAGCCGCGCACAGGGACCACCCGCAUCAGCCAGCCCUGGCCAGGGCUCUAUCAGGAUCAGUAUGGAAUCUGUAUCUUCUGGAAUCCAUAAUGCAAAUUCAAGAAAUAAUGAAGAUGAUGGAGAGAUACACUUAAAAUGGAAAACGGAGGUGAAAGACAUGGCAGAGAAAGCAGCUACUGGGCAGCUGGCGGUACCUCCUUGGCAUCAUCAGAGUACUGACACUUUGGAGAAUGAGCCUGAAGAUGAGCCCAGUCCACUGCUGCAGCCCCCCACUAGGGUCCUCGAGCAUGUGGGCUGGUGGCGAGCUGUAGAGUAUCCCAAGAAAAAUGAUGAGCCGGGAGGAAAUGGCAAAUGUGACAAAACAGACAACCGUGACCACAGUAGUGACCAGCAUAGCAGACAGCCAGGGCCUCCAAGUUUCGCCAGUAUCAGCCACCUGCUCUCCGGAAAAAAUGAGCUGUCAGAGCAUAGUGAAGUCUUUCAAGCAAAUACUGAGGCAUCUAUGGUUGUUGAGACGUCUUACAGCGAUCACUCUGUGCAAUCAACUUGUUCAUCAGAGUCUUCUGAGGAGAUAACAGAUGAAUUUUUAACUCCGGACCACGAAUAUUUUUACUCCCCAACUGCUCAAGAACUCUUGACCUUGGAGACCUCAAGUCCCAUCGAUGACGACUUGGAAGGAGUUCAAGACAUUCGUGCCCAACCUCCAGCCUCUGAUGAAGAAAUGUUCCAAAUGAGAAGAAGCCUUGGAAAGAAUGCUGAAAUUUUGACCAGGUCUCAAUUCCAACCUAUACAAAGUACUGAAGAUAAACAAGAGGAGACAUUAAAGGAGUCACCAAAGGAAAUGAAAGAGAAAGACAUAUCAUUGACAGACAUUCAGGACCUGUCUAGUAUCUCCUGUGAACAAGACGGUUCUUUUAAGGAAGCCACGUGCAAAACACCCAAAACAAACCACGCACCCACUAGUGUCAGCACCCCGCUCAGCCCAGGGUCAAUUUCUUCGGCUGCUAGUCAGUAUAAGGACUGUCUUGAAAGUAUCACAUUUCAGGUUAAAACAGGGUCUACCUCGUGCUGGAACAGUCAAGAAUCUAUUGAAACUUUGCCUGAUAAAUUCACAACUGUCCAAGAGAAAGCCAAGAGCCUAGAUUCCCUUCUUACUUCCCCUGAAGCUCUCCUGUCAAGACAGACUAAUCUCAAAAGAUUGCCUGCAUUUACUUGGGCUGGUUCCUCCAGCAUUGCCAAGGAGCCUGACACAUCAUCUCAUGCCACCCAGAGAAGGAGCCUGCCAAAAGAACUCGUAGAAGCCAUCUCGCAGCAUCACAUUGAUGAGCUACCACCACCGUCUCAGGAGCUGCUGGAUGAAAUUGAGCUCUUGAAGCAGCAGCAGGCCUCAUCCACAGUGAUGGAUGAGAGCACAGCACAUCAUCCAGGCAUCAUGGCAAAUGAUCAAAGGCAUCUAGAAGAACAAGAAACUAACAGUAAAAAAGAAGAUAGCAGUAUGCUUUGGACCAAAGAAACUCAGCAUCUAGAAGAGGACACAGAGAGAGCCCACUCUACCCUUGAUGAGGACCUGGAAAGAUGGCUGCAGCCACCCGAGGACGGCACGGAGCCACAGGAUCUCCCCGAGGGCUCGGCAAGGGAGACAAAUACCAAAGAUCAAGAAGUUGGUGAAAAGAAGAAAAAAGGGGAAGAAGGCAUCAAGCCAGAGAGAAGGAAAUCCGGGAGCUUUUUAGGGACUUCUGAAGAAGAAGAACUAAAACCCUGUUUUUGGAAGAGACUGGGUUGGUCUGAACCAUCCAGGAUAAUCGUGCUGGAUCAGAGUGACUUGUCGGACUGAUGGGGAGUGGACCACAGAUGGACUCCUGGCCUGCGUUCCAGCAUCCCUGUCGUGAACUCGUGAACUCCCUUCUUCCCUCAUCUGAUCCAGUCACCCUAGGGCGGAGGCUCCAUGGUUCACACUUUGUUUAGCUGCCACAAUAGACAGAAACGGCUGUUGGCAGCACAUUUAACCAUUUGUUUCCAGUCAGAUUUCUGAAAAGUAAAAGGUACUUUUGAUUGUAAAGCUUUCUCAUUGUGCCCAGAAUGGUGGUGGUGGUGGUGUUUUCUUUCUUUUUUUUUCGAUAAAGAUUUUCAAAAGCUUUAACUCCUGUUAUAUAAUAAAACGUUUCCUUUUAAUACCA